AUGCAAGAAAAUAGAGAAAUAAUCGAAGUUUCCAUGUCCGAGCCCAUUUUAACGUUCUACCAUGCCCCAAUGUACGUCGCUGGUAGGUAUACAAAAUCACAAAGGAAUAUUGCGCAGUCGCCAUGGAUCAACAAAUCCUUGCAAUCCGUAUCCGGAUAUAUUGAUGCCAUUGUGACGAAGCACUUUCAGGCAGAUGGGUGCAAAUUCUGCUCUGCUGGAAGAGAGGAUAUUGACGUAAAGAUGUUAGGCGAAGGGCGGCCAUUUUUGCUGGAGAUCUGCAAUCCAAGGCGCUAUCUUUUGCUUCGGGCACAUGCCCAGUCCGGGGCCUCUUUGCCCCCGCAAAAUUCGCCUCUUGAUGUCCUUAGAAAGCUUCUAGACACCAUUUGCAGCGAAGUUCUACAAGCAUCUUUGGGUUCUGUAUCAAUUAUACCAAGACUCUGGCUUGUUCGUGGCACAGCCUCUGCACAGCUUAUCAAAGUUGGAGAAGUGCACCGGCCAAAGCUUUACAAAGCCACGAUUUCCUCAAAAGUUCCUCUUGUGGGAUGUAGAAACUUUAAAACGCUUUCCAUUAACCAGAAAACCCCGAUUCGCGUUCUCCAUCGAAGGGCGAAUCUCAACCGCAGUAAGAUGAUUUAUGAGUGCGAGCUUUCUCCUUUUCCAGAGGAUGGCUCGUUUGUAGAAGUGACCAUUAGAGCCCAGGCGGGAACGUAUCGAUUUUCAUCCUCAUCGUAG